AUGCAUGUUCAGGGGGUCAAAUUAAGGCUCAAAGUGCAGAAGAAAAAAGAAAGAAAGAAAGAAAGAAAUAAAUUAAAGCCGCAAGCGGCGUCGAACGGCCCUCGCCACACCGCGCGACACCCCGCACCACGCGCCUUGCCGCUCCGCUACGACUCCCCGCUCCGCUACGACUCCCCGCUCCGCUACGACUCCCCGCUCCGCUACGACUCCCCGCUCCGCUACGACUCCCCGCUCCGCUACGACUCCCCGCUCCGCUACGACUCCCCGCUCCGCUACGACUCCCCACUCCGCUACGACUCCCUGCACCGCGCUCCGCUACGACUCCCCGCACUGCGCACCGCUACAACUCCCCGCACCGCUACGACUCCCCGCACCGCUACGACUCCCCGCACCGCUACGACUCCCUGCACCGCGCGCCACUACGACUCCCCGCUCCGCUACGACUCCCUGCACCGCGCGCUUCUAUGA